GGCCGCUGCCGCCGCCGCCGCCGAACUGGGGGGCCCGGGGCCAGGGUGCCGGGGAUGAGUGCCAAGAUGGCCGCUCCGGCUCGGGCUGUUUUCAGGUACUUCAAGUAUUGUGAACAGAGACUGAUUUGGAUUAUGUGUUUGUCAGCUAGACUAAAUAAAUGUUAACAAUGGAUAAAUGCAAACACGUUGGGCAGUUGCAACUUGCUCAAGACCAUUCCAUCCUUAAUCCUCAGAAAUGGCACUGUGUGGACUGCAACACGACUGAGUCAAUUUGGGCUUGCCUUAGCUGUUCCCAUGUUGCCUGUGGAAGAUAUAUUGAAGAGCAUGCACUUAAGCACUUUCAAGAAAGCAGUCAUCCUGUCGCAUUGGAGGUGAAUGAGAUGUAUGUUUUUUGUUACCUUUGUGAUGAUUAUGUUCUUAAUGAUAAUGCAACUGGAGACCUGAAGUUACUACGAAGUACCUUAAGUGCAAUCAAAAGUCAAAAUUAUUACUGCACAACUCGUAGUGGAAGGGUUUUACGGUCUAUGGGUACAAGUGAUGAUUCUUAUUUCUUACAUGAUGGCGCCCAAUCUCUGCUUCAAAAUGAUGAUCAAAUGUAUACAGCUCUUUGGCACAGGAGAAGGAUGCUAAUGGGAAAAAUUUUUCGAACAUGGUUUGAACAAUCACUCAUUGGAAGAAAAAGGCAAGAAGAACAAUUUCAGGAAAAGAUAGUACCAAAAAGAGAAGUGAAGAAAAGACAGCAAGAUUUAGAGUAUCAGGUUAAAGCAGAAUUGGAAAGUACGCCUCCAAGAAAGAGUUUACGUUUGCAAGGUUUAGCUCAGUCUACCACAAUAGAAAUAGUUCCUGUUCAAGUACCACCACAAACUCCAGCAUCACCAGCAAAAGAUAAAGUAGUAUCUACCUCAGAAGAUGUAAGACUUAAAAAAGUUAGUGACUCCUCAGUUAAACGAAGGCCAAUAGUAACUCCUGGUGUAACAGGAUUGAGAAAUUUGGGAAAUACUUGCUAUAUGAAUUCUGUUCUUCAGGUAUUAAGUCAUUUACUUAUUUUUCGACAAUGUUUUUUAAAGCUUGAUCUGAACCAAUGGCUGGCAGUGACUGCAAGUGAUAAGACAAGAUCUUCUUAUAAGCAUCCACCAGUUACAGAUACAGUAGUAUGUCAAAUGAAUGAAUGCCAAGAAGAAGAUACAAGUUUUGUUCGGUCUAGACAUUCUAGUUUGUCAUCAGGACUAAGUGGUGGGGCAUCAAAAAGUAGAAGGAUGGAGCUUAUUCAGCCAAGAGAGCCGAGUUCACAAUACAUUUCUCUUUGUCAUGAAUUGCAUACUUUGUUCCAAGUCAUGUGGUCUGGGAAGUGGGCAUUGGUCUCACCAUUUGCGAUGCUGCACUCAGUGUGGAGACUAAUUCCUGCCUUUCGUGGUUACGCCCAACAAGAUGCUCAGGAAUUUCUUUGUGAACUUUUGGAUAAAAUACAACAUGAACUAGAGACAACUGGUACCAGUUUACCAGCUCUUAUCCCCACUUCUCAAAGGAAACUGAUCAAACAAGUUCUGAAUGUUGUAAAUAACAUUUUUCAUGGACAACUUCUUAGUCAGGUUACAUGUCUUGCAUGUGACAACAAAUCAAAUACCAUAGAACCUUUCUGGGACUUGUCACUGGAAUUUCCGGAAAGAUACCAAUGCAGUGGAAAAGAUGCUGCUUCCCAACCAUGUCUGGUUACUGAAAUGUUGGCCAAAUUUACAGAAACUGAGGCUUUAGAAGGAAAAGUCUACGUAUGUGACCAGUGUAAUACAAAGCGUAGAAGGUUUUCCUCAAAGUCAGUUGUACUCACGGAAGCCCAGAAACAACUUAUGAUAUGCCAUCUACCUCAGGUUCUCAGACUACACCUCAAACGAUUCAGGUGGUCAGGACGUAAUAAUCGAGAGAAGAUUGGUAUUCACGUUGGCUUUGAAGAAAUCUUAAACAUGGAGCCCUAUUGCUGCAGGGAGACCCUGAAAUCCCUCAGACCAGAAUGCUUUAUCUAUGACUUAUCUGCUGUAGUAAUGCACCACGGGAAAGGAUUUGGCUCAGGACAUUAUACUGCCUACUGCUAUAAUUCUGAAGGAGGGUUCUGGGUACACUGCAAUGAUUCCAAGCUAAGCAUGUGCACUAUGGAUGAAGUAUGCAAGGCCCAAGCCUACAUCUUGUUUUAUACGCAACGAGUUACUGAAAAUGGACAUUCUAAACUUUUGCCUCCAGAACUCCUGUCUGGUAGCCAGCACCCCAGUGAAGAAGCUGAUACCUCUUCUAAGGAAAUCCUUAGCUGAUCCAAAGAUGGUGGGGCUUUCUUAUGAUUUGUAUAUAUACUUUUUAAAAGGGCUGACUUACAAUUUUGAGCUUCAUUGUUUUUAUUUUUUACUUAUGAAUCAGUGCACACUACAUUUAUACAUUUUGUAUCUAACUGCAACAAAACAUUUUUUUACAGAGUAAAAAAUGUGUAAAUAUAUCAACUGCAGGUAACUAAACUUUUUUCAAUUACUUGGGAGUUUUAGUGUUUACCUCAGACUGGUGUUACCUCUUUUAUAUUGAUGUCUUAAUUCGCUCAGAUCAUGAAUUUGUGCAAUCCUCUACUGAAGUUCAGGUGGGAUCAUUUUAUAUAUAUUUGUUACUUAUUUAUCUUUUGUAGCUAUUUUAUAUACAAAUUCUUAAUGGAUAGAAAAAUUACAUCACUAAUAGGCUUACCAAAAAAACAAGGCUUUUCUUUCAGGCCACUGAUAUUGAAGUCACCUUUGCCCCUUAUAGGGAAUUAAACUAAUACAUCAACAUAUUAGUAUCAUCUAAAUAUUCACCGAUCACACUGAUAUUCCUGAGACUUUACUGUGCAGGACUUAAAACAGAUACUACUUUGGCUAGUAUAACUUCACUUAAAAAUUUAUUAAGUUUAUUAAAAUAAUUGUUCUUUAUUUGGCAUACUCAAACUGUAUCUAAAUGAAAAAUGGCAGCUUUACAAAUAGUAUAUUUAAAUGAGCUUUGGAACUGUGGACAUUAAAAAAUGAUGGCUGGGAUUUAUGAUUUUUGUCUGGCAGCAAACAGGUUUAUCCAGAUUGUAAUAAAGCAGUCAUAUAAAAAAUCUGAAUUUAGCAAACUGGUGUAUUAUGAUGCUCAAAUAGUUUUAUCUUGGGUACGGGUUCAUUUUAUAUGUUUCAUAACAUUAGAUCUCUUAAAGCUUUGUAUAUCUUGAUUUUUAGUUCAAAUGAGAAAAAACGUGGAGGGCCAAGAUAAUUGUUUAAAAUCGGCAACUGGGCUGUAUGUUUAUCAUUUUCAUUUUCCUAAAGCCUGGACUAUUUACUCUUGCCAGGAUUAUGUGACUACUAGGUAGGAGGCUCUUAGAUACUAACACCAGGCCCAGUUUUUUAAAAAUAUUUAAAAUUAUCUAUACUUGCAUUUAAAAAGCGUGACCUUGUGCUUCUAAUAAUUUAGUAAGAUCUUUUUUAAGUUCUACUGCUGCUAACUUAUUCAGAAAGGUUAGAAUCUACUAACCUCUGUCAAAUCAGCUAUGUAAGAUCUUAAGAUCAGUGUUAACCAUUGAAACAUCAUUUCUCUCUUUUUUCUUAAGUGGGUUUAAUUGCAGUUGAAAUCCUAAUGAAAGAUAAUAUCCUGUAGAAUGCUGUUUGCCAUCCAUAAGUAUAAAAUUGCAAAUAUUCCUUAAAUUUCAAACCAAGUCAUCUGGGUCAGCCAGUAAAGUGCAAUGAGACCUUACCACUGAAUAGACAUAUCAAUUGUGCCAAAUAUGUAUCUGGAGUAGUAAAUGGCUAGGUUUAAAAUUGUUCAUUUACUAAACACCUAUGCAAGUUGUUACCUCAACUGUUCCAUACUUAUACCUCAUUAAAGAUUGAUGUGGUUAAGAUACUGGAGUCUAGCUUUUAAUUUCAAAGAUAUUUUUAAGAUACACAUUUUAGCACCUUAUUUUAAUGAGAGUUAAGAAAAACUCAAACUAUGCUGUUUGUAAUGGUAUAGUUGCUUGUACUUCAGUUUAAAAAUCUGUAAGAAAUGACUUAGCCCUUUUUAAUCCCUUAAUACUAACAGCUACGGGGCAAGAGGGGAGCAUAUUUGGAAAAUCUGUCCUACUUUACACCAAAUUUUGCUACAAACAUAAAACUGCUCUUAAGUCUUAAAAUACCAACAAACUAAAACCUAAACAGUAAACAGAUUUCUUACGAUGUAUCUUAAAUGUCAACAUGAACUACUAUAUUCUGUUAAGUUGAUCUAACAAAAAACAUGUUUUGGUUGUAAAAUAAUUUACUAAAGGCACUAUUGUUAAACAUCAAACUAAUUUGUUACCAAUAAGGUACAUCACUGUAAAUGUAACAAUUUCAAGAAAUACAGGGCUAGUAGGCAAAUAAUACAGUUUUUUCCUAAAGUGACAACUUUCCUAUUUACAGGAUCAUAUCCCUUCCAGCUGUUCCUGGGACAGAAAAUGAUGCCAAUUGCUCCAAGUGUGACCUGAGAAGGGAAGGGACCUUGGAGCUCAUUCAUAAUUGAGCUCACAAUUUGAAAUUAUACUGCCCGCAAUUUUAUAAACUCCAAGAGUCUUUACUUACGGUAGUCAAGUCUAAAAUUCUUGGGUUUAGAAAUCACCCUACUUAUUUUAUACCUCCUACCAAAGCACACCAAAAAGGAAUGGACUCAAAACCCCCAAGGAGCUAGCUGAUGACGUGACUAAACAUGAACUAGUGAGCUCUGCUAGCACAGCAUCACAGAAAAUGGAGAAAUUAUUCAAAGGUGGCUACUGAACAUUAGCACCAUGAUAAACAUAGCUCAUACAGGUAAAAGCUAGAUCGAUUUCUCCACAAUGUGUAACGUAUCUCUAAUGCUAAAAGAGCAGCUUUUUACUAACAAAUGACCUAGGUACAAAAGUCAGGUUUCUCUUUCUAGGAGAAAAAAGUUGACCAAAUUACAAACUAAACAGCAUCCCAGAGGCAAUAAAUCUCAUUGUGCUAAAAGCAUAUACAAUACAAAUUAAGGCUUCACCUUGGUACAUAAACAAUUUUGAAAUUACACUGGAACAUUCCCACCAAAUCAUUUACAUAUAAACAUUCAAGCAGUUUGUUAAAGAAUCAGUAGUGGGGCUCAGCUCAAAUAAGUUAAUUUUAUAAAUCCUUACAUUCAACUUUGCUGCUGUAAGGAGAGUAACUGUAACCUCACCUCCUGAAAUACCACUAGUAAUGUUAAGAAUCCAAACCAGUCAAGAGGCAGGGUAUUAUAGCAUUUGGCUCAUUAAAGAAAAAGCCUAACAAUUUCAGUUUAACCUUUCUAACUAGAACAAGAUCCAAACAUGGGAAGUUUUCCUGUUUUUCUUUGCUUUUGUGGCUUUGAUGUCCUUUUGGUUUUUUGAGCAAGCUGAAUACGUUUUCCAAGAAAUAACUACCAUUGGACUAAGGAUCUAAAUGAUGAGAUU